CCGGGGUCGAGAUGAAGUGUCGUGAAGUUCAUGAAAGACGGCCUUCUCAACACUCCAACAUGCAUUUCGCCGACGUUCCCUCCCUGCUCACAUUUGACAUGAUCAACAAUUGAUUGUACGCAUCCCCGCAGGCAUCUUGUAAAAUUGUAACCUAACAGGAAGAUUUGUCACUGGAUUUGUGUCAUUCAUUUACUGUGCCAGCAAUGACUGACCCUUGGCAGGAGUGCAUGGACCACUGUGUGGAGAUUGCCAAACAGGCUGGCAAGGUGAUCCGCGAGGCCCUCCAGGACGACAUCGCCGUCAUGCACAAGAGCUCGCAAGUGGAUCUCGUAACCGAGACGGACCAGAGAGUGGAGCGCCUCAUCAUAUCUUCCAUCAGGGCAAAGUUUCCCACACACAGCUUCAUUGCCGAGGAGUCAGUGGCAGCAGGCGCCCCCAGCAUCCUCACCGAUGACCCCACUUGGAUCAUUGAUCCAAUCGACGGCACCACCAACUUUGUGCACGGGUUCCCUUUUGUGUCUGUGUCAAUCGGCUUCACAGUCAAGAAAGAGAUUGAGUUCGGCGUGGUGUACAGUUGCAUUGAGGACAAAAUGUACACGGCGCGCAAGGGCAAAGGGGCCUUUUGCAACGGCCUUCCCAUCAAGGUUUCUGGACAGGAAGAUCUCAGCCGUUGCCUGGUGCUGACCGAGGUGGCCUUCAAAAAGGAUCAGCAGCAAUUGGACACCAUGAUGGCCAACCUCAGGAGCGUCCUCACCAUUCCUGUUCACGGCAUCCGCUCACCGGGCAGCGCCGCCAUCAACAUGUGUCUUGUGGCCAGCGGCGCGGCGGACGCUUACUACCACCUGGGCAUCCACUGCUGGGACAUGGCCGGGGGCACCGCCGUGCUCACCGAGGCUGGCGGCGUCAUCGUGGAUGUUUCAGGGGGUCCCUUUGAUCUGAUGUCCCGCCGGCUGAUCGCGGCCAGCAGUGCAGCGGUGGCUGAGCGCCUUGCCAGCCACAUCGUAGAUUUCCACGUCGGUAGGGACGACGCGUUGGGCUCAGAAAAAAACUAAAAAAACAAUAAAUGAGAGAGCGAGCUUAGUGGCACCUAAACAAGCUGCAAGUUUGUCUUGAGAGGUGAAACGCGGCGCCCCCUCCUGACGAGUCGUAAUAUUUGCAUCUGAAUUUUGAAUCAGAACUUUAAAUUUAAAUGCAAAUUCAAAAAUAUGUUGAACAGGUUUUCAGAUUUGCAACAUGUGUUGCAAUGUUUUAUUGUUGGUUUAAAAUUCUCACUUCUGCACCUGGACAAACUUGUUUUUUUCCUACCUCUGCUCUGUGUGUAUGCGAGGCCACUUUGGGUGCUGAGCUUUCACUGCUGAUUGGCUGUUAGCCCUGCCGUGGCACUGUGUGUAACCAAUCAGAUGAGAUGGUGCUGUGGGCGGGACAAUGCUGGAGAGUGAAUCAUGACAGCAGGCACGUGGCUGCAUUGAAAUAAAAUAGAUUGAAAUGGAUUUCUUAUGGGCCAUCUGAUUUGGAAAAAAAAAAAAGUCUGAUGUCAUUAUGUGAGAAAAUCCCCGUUAUCGUCCCAGGCCAAUAAUUGAUCUAUCCCGAAGUAAUGGGGAUGAUGGAAAAGUGAAGGAAAUGACGGCCGUUGGAAUUGAUUAUCCAAUCCGAUAAUUCCACCAAAUAAUUGAACCAGAGCGCUUCCUGUGUGUGAGGAAAGCCGCAUUCUCGGUGACUCUGAGACGGAAUGUAGCCAAUCUAGACUUCCACCUGACUGAGGAACAAGGGAGCGACGGAAAAUAAAAGCAAACGUCCCUUAUGACAUUGCCCAUUAUCUUCACUUGAUAAUGUGACAUGUUUUUUCUUCUUUUUUUUUCGGUUUGGGGGGGGGCCUUAACACGCUCAUUUCCUCCUCUUGUUUGAUGCCUCAGUUUUUCCGUUUGUUGCUGUUUCUGGUUGGAUGGUGGAGCGAAAUCUUUUCGUCUGUGUUUUUCCAUGUUGAGGUCAUCGGAGCACACAAUAGAACCAAAUCUCUUCAAUGCUUGAUUAGUUGAUUUGAUAAGAGUCUUUGAAGAUUUCAAAACUUCAUCUGCGUGUAGCAGGCCUUCGGCGUCCUUGCAGGGCAGGCCGCCCUUUGCAUCCCAAAUUUCGGAUGAUGACUUGCUUUUACCAUGAAUA